AUGUAUUGUAUUCGCAGCGACAAAUCCGUCUUCGCAUCCGACUCAGAAGGCCAUGAAACCGCCCUGCGCCGCGCCGAGCUCCUGGUCAACGGCAAAAACCAAACCGUGUCGGGCAAAGUAAGCUGGUUCUUCUCGGUGCGCACAUCGCCAUCUGCGUCGCACGCGCUAAAUCUCUCGCACGAGUAUCUUCUCGCGUUCCACGAGGCCCAGGAUUUCCAGGCGGAUUUUUGGUCCCUCAAGGUCGGGCGCCCCAUGCAAGAGGCCAACGCCACAAACGGCACAGCAGGUAGCCAUCUCGCAGCAGCAUAUGGUACUAAUAUCGGCUUCCGCCAUCCAGCCGUCUCGCCCGCCAUGCUGGAAACAGGAAGCGUAAUCUACCUGCAAGGCUACAAGUGGGCUCAGCCCAUCCAAACAUACUUCCUCGCGCCUUUUACACCGCAUAUCUGGCACAACUUUGGUCUCUACCUCGACUUUGAAUCCAACCACAUGCAAGUCGCGUAUUCGACUGGCUCCCGCCAUUUAGACAUCGUCACCCCGUUGCUGCCGAAUAAUAUCUCGGGGAUCGCCCCGACCACCCUGGGCGAGACGCAUUGGGGCUUGCAGAAGAGGCCCGUCGGAGCGAGUCUGCAGGAUUUUUUGUUCAAAGGCGAGCAGCCGCAUGGGAUUCAUGAGCGACUGGCUAUUGGGGGCGUUUUGCAGGUCAAGGGGAGUUUGAGGGAUUGUGUGGGUGCGUGGGGGGCUUAG